CGGUUCGAAUGAAAAAAAUAUAUAAUUUUUUCGUGAGCCUGGCCGAAGAUUCGUCAAUGCGUCAGUAACGUUCGGGCCGCUCUGGCGUCAACAUCUUCCGACUUGCCAGUUGCCGUCGCACAGCCGAGUUAUGCACAACCUAUAGUACAAAAUUACAACGUACAAAUUUUUUCUUGCAGCCAGUGAGGUGAACGCGUUUGUUAUAUUCAAGUGACAGUGCCUUUAAGUGCAGUGACAAAAUACAGUUUUUAAAAAUGGAACGUGGUGGCGUCUAACGAAUUCUAAAUUUAAAAUUUAAAUCUUGUGUUUCACGUAAAUUCGUACAACUAGAUUUUAGAUAAUUGAGCAUUGGUGUUCGGUUAGCUAAAAUCGUUUUACAAAAAAAAAAAACUUUCAUUCUAAUUGGCACUAAAUUUUUUUUAUCUAAAAUAUUUUUAAAAUUUGAAUAAAUCCUUCUUUCUGCCUUGAUUUUCUCUUUACAGAUUUUUUGUGUUUGGCAAAUUUUUGAUAAAGAGAUAAAGAAGCAGUAUUGCACCGGGAACAAGUGAAUAGUUACAAUAAAAAAAAAUAUUUGUAAAAAAUAGUGCCUUACGUAGAAUGUUUUAAGACGAAAGGAAGAGAAACAAACAAAAUCACGGAGACAAAAUGCCAAAAAACUUGUUACUCUUCAAAAAGAUAAUACCAGAAAUAAAUUUCGCAAAAAGAAAUCUCACAUCGCCCCUCGGCCGGAAUAUAUAUAUCAGUUAAAAUAUACAACAAAACGGUGCUCGACACAAUCAACAUAGUUGAAUCAAUCUGGGAAGUGCCAUAAAGUUUUCUUCAAGAAAAUAUCUUAUGGUGAUAACAAACGCGAAACAGUUGCCUUAACGACAUAGUCGAACAAAAUUUUCAAAAAAGGAACACCACAGUGAUACUAGUGCUUAGCCGCAAUGCGAAUUCGAUUCGCUGAAGAUAAUCACUGGCCCAAAAUAACUUGAAUUUAUAAAAAAAUAAAAUAAAAAAUAAAAACUUUUUUCGGGAUUUGAAUUUCGAACGAUGAACAACAAUCAGUUCCACGAGCUUUUCGGGUCUCAGUGGCCGCCUGACCAGCACGGUGGUCACUCGUCUGCGUCCACGAUGCUGCACCAGCAGACGAUGCCACAGACCAUGCAGCUGAAGAGAGAACCACACACGGAGGUUGGAGUCAUGCAUAACCAAAUGGGUAUGGACAUCACGUCAGGGUCAGUCGCUGACAGUACGUCACCACCACCAGGCAGCAGCGAGGGAAUGUUCGGCCCUAUAUCUGGCAUGUUCAUGGAUAAGAAAGCUGCUAACUCUAUUAGAGCCCAAAUCGAGAUAAUACCGUGCAAAGUUUGCGGCGACAAGUCGUCCGGCGUGCACUAUGGGGUGAUCACAUGCGAGGGCUGCAAAGGAUUCUUCAGGCGUUCGCAGAGCACAGUGGUGAACUACCAGUGCCCGCGCAACAAGGCCUGCGUGGUGGACCGCGUCAACCGCAACAGAUGCCAGUACUGCCGCCUGCAGAAGUGCCUCAAACUCGGCAUGAGCCGUGAUGCGGUCAAAUUCGGUCGCAUGUCAAAGAAACAACGUGAAAAAGUGGAGGAUGAAGUGCGGUACCACAAAGCGCAAAUGAGGGCGCAGAAUGAUGCCGCCCCAGACUCGGUGUACGACGCACAGCAGCAGACGCCGAGCUCCAGUGAUCAAUUCCAUGGUCAUUACAAUGGAUACCCUGGGUACGCGUCGCCGCUGUCAUCGUACGGGUACAACAACGCCGGCCCACCGCUCACUUCUAACAUGAGCAGCAUCCAGGCCCAGCCACAGGCUCAGCAGCCGUACGACUACGCAGACUCCACCACCACCUACGAGCCCAAGCAGCCGGGCUACUUGGACGCUGACUUUAUUGGCCAGGACGAUCAGCAAAAAAGCACGACCAUCGUUCGACCGUCCGGAUCGACGUCCACAACAACAGCAACCACAGCGACGACGACAAUGCGGCAAACGACCAUCAACGAGUUACCACGGAGCAGACUCCAAGAGUUCGAUCGGUACGAACAGGACAGGAUCCAGUCACCGGCCUCUAUAUCCAGUGGCGUGAUCAACAUAAAGCAGGAGAUAAAACCGGAAACGUCUAUGGGCGUCGACAACAUCGUGGCGAGUUAUGUGGACUCAACAACCUUCCUCCAUAGUCCGUCAAAUAUCCAGCAUAGUCCUAUGGAUAUUCAGAAUACGGUACUAGUCAGUGGUCAGAGUUCAGUGUCUCUGACUAGCGAGGACUUGAGCCCAGACGACCUGACGUCCAGCAGUGGGCAUGGCCGGUUGAUGGACCCCUUGAACAUAAACAUGUCCGGGAUGGGAAUGGUGAACCCCAACGCGGUGUCGAACCGACGGCACCAGGGCUCGAGUCACAGUGUUUCCAGCGAUGACUUGCCGCUAGAAGGCGACAUCAGCAAAGUCCUUGUGAAGAGUCUGGCGGAAGCGCACGCGAACACAAAUCCAAAAUUGGAGUACAUAAACGAGAUGUUCAGUAAACCGCAGGACGUUUCCAAGCUGUUGUUCUACAACUCGAUGACGUACGAGGAGAUGUGGCUCGACUGCGCCGACAAGCUGACAGCGAUGAUACAGAACAUCAUAGAGUUCGCCAAACUCAUACCAGGGUUCAUGAAGCUCACGCAAGAUGAUCAGAUUCUGCUGUUAAAGUCAGGAUCGUUUGAGCUUGCCAUCGUGCGUUUGUCGCGGCUGAUCGACGUCAAUCGCGAGCAGGUGUUAUACGGAGAUGUGGUACUGCCAAUUAGAGAAUGUGUUCAUGCGCGUGAUCCGCGCGAUAUGGCCCUAGUUUCGGGUAUAUUUGAGGCCGCGAAGAGCAUUGCGCGACUCAAGCUUACUGAGUCUGAGUUAGCGUUAUAUCAAAGCUUAGUGCUGCUUUGGCCAGAACGUCACGGUGUAAUGGGUAACACGGAGAUCCGAUGUCUAUUCAACAUGUCAAUGUCGGCGAUGCGUCAUGAGAUUGAAGCGAACCACGCGCCUUUGAAAGGGGAUGUCACAGUGUUGGACACGCUUCUUGCGAAGAUACCCACCUUCAGGGAACUUUCACUGAUGCAUUUGGGAGCUCUGAGCCGCUUCAAGAUGACUCACCCACACCACGUAUUUCCAGCUCUUUAUAAGGAACUGUUCUCUUUAGACAGUGUUCUUGAUUACACACACGGAUAAGAUUAUUUAAACUAUACAAUUCCACGGCUAUCUUUUCAUUUGCUGGCAGUUCGAUCUCAACGCUCGGCUGACGAGCGAACGCGAGCGAACCUCUUUAGACUCCACUUGUUCCACUAAAGGCAUCUACAUCUUUGUUAACCUAUUUAUAAUUGUAUGUAUGUACUCUGAGACUGUUAAAAUGAUAUUUACGUAUAAGUACGUACGUACAAAUAUUAAUUAAUAUAAAUGUUUAUUUAAUUCGAAUCUAAGUACGUGCAGGUGCCUUUAGUUUUACAUUUAGUGUCAGAAUAUGUACUUUUUGUUACGGUUGUAUCUUAAUGCGGUUUGAGCGUAUGAUGGCACUGUUUGUCUAUAUAUAAAUACAUAAUGAAACCAAUUUUGUUGUGUAUUAUAUAUAAAGGUGUAUCGUAAUAUAAUUAUCAUAAAGUGUAUCUAACUUUGAAUGAAGAAAUAAUAAUUAUUAUUAUAUAAAGAUAUAAUAAUAGAAAUAGAGUUUUUAUUAAGAAAUAAAUAAAGAAGUUAUAACGGUGUAGCGAGGUAAAGAUCACACGUUUCUUGCAUAUUGAAACAGUUUUUUGAAUAGGUCUUUUUUUAAUUAUUUUUAACAGUUUUUUAAGACAAAUGUAACUUGUUAUUUAUUUCAAAUGAUUAUUAUUAUUGAUGUUUUGUCUUCAAUGUAGUUUUUUUCGUUUAAGUUGUAAUAUAGGUAAUAAACGAUACUGCCCUUCUAUAAUAUAUUUUUUGUAAUUUUUCGUUGUUUUCGUUGUCACAUAGGAUGGUGAAAGCGGUAUUUAAAUCCAUUCACACAUCGCCGACAUGUACUGAAUAAUGAUAUCUUCUUUAUUAUAGAUCUUGGAUAGUCUGAAGUUGGCGUAAACGAUUUGUUUAUAUGCAAGCGUCGGUGGUGUGUGAAUUAACCUCAAAGUCAUUAAGCGCCGAGUAUUGAACAAAAAUUAUUAAUAGAGACCGGAUAGUAUGAACAUAGCAACUUGCCCUUAUGUCAUCAAGGUAUUCCAUUCAUUUUUUUACAUUUUUUGCUUUAUAUUAUUGAAUUACAGACUGUGAACAAAAUGCAAAAUAGCACACGCUUCGAUUUUCACAUUAUCAGGUCUCUAAUCGCAGCGGACAAAAUAUUUCUACGUUUUAUACUAGCAGGCAAUUUUUGUAGUAGAUUAAAUUUGAUCUCAUUUGUGCACGUUUUUCGCUUUGGUGCCAUUCGGAUAUCACAUUUUUGCAUAAUAAAAAAAUGAACACAAUUAAAUGCAUAAUGAACUGUUGUAUUAGGAAAAUGAGUAUACGUAAUUUUUAAUUUUCCGCGUCUCAGCUUCUAUACGUACUUUAAACGUUUAUUUUAAAUUGCCUGCUACAUUAAUUAGUUUAUAAAUUUAAAAUAACCAAUUUUCUAACACUUAAGGUCGACUUUUGGGCGAAAAGGCCGUGGUGGCAUUCGAAUUUAAGGCAUUUAUCAUGUGGUAAAUGUGCCAGACAAUACUAUUCGCUGCUUUCCGCCCCCUCUCGCGGCCUUUCCGCUCAACCGCGGCCUGUACGCUAAGUUUGUCGAAUAGCCUUUAUUAUAGACUGGUUUAUAUUAAUGUUAAAAGUAUAUAAAAUUCUUAACUUGUAUUUUGUAAAUAGCUAAUAAUCAUAUGUAUUUUAUAUUAAAUAUUAUAAGGUUCAGUGGGUUAUUUUUAAUUUUACAUUCUACGAUGAAAAUAAAACAAGGGGGAAAAACAAAUUUUCCACAUCGGCUCACGAGAUUUAAAUCUUUUGAUCUUGUGUAAAAUAUUGUUUUUUUUAAACCUUAUCUAUAUAUUAUAUAUUUUUUGUUAAAUAAAGCAAUCUGUUAUUGUCUA